AUGGAUAACCUCUUGAGUUGUAUCAUGGCUGCGUCGGUGCUCUACAUCAAGGGCCUCACAAACAACUGCGAUUGCAUAUACAAGGAUGCCACAAAGAAUUGUGCCCUGGCAUUCUUCCUAAAAGUCAAUGGCAGUGUGGGAAAAUUUUUGGCUCUUUUGCUUGAUGGGACCUUCUCAGGUGUUCGUGAAGACCUCUUAAGUGUGGGUGGGAAAAAAGCGAAUCCUAAUGACCCCAACACCCUCCGCGAAUUAGUUAUUAAUAACCUUCCCCGUCAGAUAACACACGACAACAUUCGCGACUACUUCAAAGAAUUCGGUGCGGUCACCAAGGUAAGGGUGGACAGACAAAUGCACCAAGCUUUCGUGACAUUCUCCACUGCAGAGGCACACCGAAUAGCAAUGGCGACGGCUAAAAUUCACCGUGAGAGUAGAAACGUUCGCGUCUCCUUCCCUGAUGAUUGUAAACAGAGUAUGAAUAAUCAAGCGCUAACCUUGGAUCUUUUUUCCUACUUUACUGAACAUAGCAGCAUUUUCGAUGUUCGACAUUCAGUGUUCGGUAUGCGGUAUUUGCGAGAUUCGAAAUCGCCUCCAUUGCCACCACUGCAUUCUGACCCAUGUGAUGGAGAAUCCAACCGUCUUUUGCCCAUUUGCAGCAAAGAAGUGGGUUCGAAUGACACCAAAACCAGCCAUCGGGUGCUUCUUGAUAACCUUCCCCCUUGGACAACAGAAAACGACAUUCGCAGCCUCUUUGGCAAAUUCGGUGUAUCCGCCAAAGUGGAGGUGGAUGAACAAACGCGCCUAGCCUUGGCGACUUUCCCCUCUGCAGACACGCUCUAUGACGCCAUGUCGGCGGCUCCUUUCCGCCUCAAGGGUGUGAACCUCCACACCUACUUCCAUGAGGAUAGUGUAUGGAGCAAAGAUGCGCGUCGUAACUGCACCACAACUGGUUAUCUGGUGCUUCUUGGUCACCUUCCCCCACGAACAACAGAAAAUGACAUUCGCAGCCUCUUUGGCAAAUUCGGUGCAUCCGCCAAAGUGGAGGUGGAUGAACGAAAACACGUAGCCUUGGCGACUUUCUCCUCUUUGGGGACCCUCCAUGAAGCCCUGUCACCGGAGGUUUUGAGCCUCAAGGGUGAGAAUCUUAUAUUCAUCAACGAAGGCGAUUAUGGAUGGAGUAAAGAAGUGGAUUCAAAUGACACCGAAAGCAGUUUUCAGGUGCUACUUCAUGACCUUCAACCGGGAACAACAGAAAACGGCCUUCGUAGUCUCAUGGGCAGAUUCGGUGUCUCCACUAAAGUGGUUGUGGAUGAACGAAAGCAUGAAGCCUUGGCGACUUUCUCCUCUGAAAAGGCGAUCCAAGCAGUGUGGAUGGAUUAUUUCCUCUUCAAGGGUGUGAACCUUGGCAUCUCCUUUCCUGAGGACAGUGAAGAGAGUGUUCUGCUCAUGGGUCUCAUUUCAUGUGCCUUUCCGCUGUCUGAUGUCCAGUCGCCAGUUUUUAAUUUCCAGGCCGUGGUUUGUGGUCCCCCAACUCAUUCGGUGUGUUCAAGCGAGUCGAUUCAGCAACUUUGUUUGCUCUCACCUCAUUCCGUGACUUGUGUCCUCUGGAAGGAGAUUAGGGAAAUUGAAUUUUCGACAUCAGCGUCUAGAUUGGAGCCUAGUGUGAAGAAUUAUCGCCUACCUUUAGAUAUUUCCCCACCUUCAAGGAAUAUAGUGCCGUUGUCCAUGUUCGGUAUGCGGCAUUCGCGAGAUUCGAAGCAGCUUCUACUAUUGCUACCGCACUCUGACCCUUAUAUGGUGGAAUCUAACCGCACUUUGUCUAUCUGCAGUAAAGAAAAAUAUUUCAAUCCCGAUGAAAUCCGCCGUCAGUUGAUUCUUGAUGGUCUUCCCCCGCGAACAACGGAAAACGACAUUCGCAGCCUCUUUGGCAAAUUCGGUGUAUCCAUCAAAGUGGAGCUGUACGGAUGGACGCGCCGAGCCUUGGUGACUUUCUCCUCUGCAAAAGCGCGCCAGGAGGCAGUAUCGUCGGCUCCUCUCCGCCUCAAAGGUGUAGACCUUCACAUCCUCUACCCUGAGGAUUAA